CCCAGUUCCUAGGAAAAUCCAGCCUCACUGUCCUGUUUCCUAGACCGACCGAGCCAUGGCGCUCCUCACGGUGCAUUCCGCUGGCGCUGGCGAGGCACCCUGGAAGGCCCUGUCUGCGGAGUGAGGAGACGGAGGUUACAGGCAGCCAGAGCUGGAGAAGCAGUACUCGCCCAGCAGAUGGGUCGUCCGCAUGGAAGCAGACAAAGUCGUCGGGACCUUCGUGCAGAUAGGAAGCCAGGCCACCCAGAAGGCCCGGACCACCAGGAGGAACCAGCUGGAUGUCCCCUAUGGAGAUGGCGAAGGGGAGAGGAUGGAUAUCUACUUUCCUGAUGAGGAUUCUGAGGCUUUCCCGCUCUUCCUGUUCAUUCAUGGAGGAUACUGGCAGAGUGGAAGCAAAGAUGACUCAGCCUUCAUGGUGAACCCGCUGACCGCACAGGGCAUGGUUGUGGUGAUAGUGGCCUACGACAUUGCACCCAAAGGCACGCUGGACCUGAUGGUAGAGCAGGUGGCUCGCAGCGUGGUGUUUCUGCAGAGGCGGUAUCCAAGCAAUCAGGGAAUCUACCUCUGUGGACACUCUGCAGGAGCUCAUUUGGCUGCCAUGAUGCUCCUGGCCAGUUGGACCAAGCAUGGUGUCACACCCAACCUCCAAGGCUUUCUCCUGGUGAGUGGGAUCUAUGAUCUAGAGCCCCUCAUAUCUACGUCCCAGAAUGCUCCACUGCACAUGACUCUGGAAGAUGCUCAGAGGAACAGUCCACAGCUACGCUUGGAGGUGGCUCCUGCAUGGCCUGUGGGGCCAGCCUGCCCUGUGCUGGUGCUUGUGGCUCAGCACGACUCUCCAGAAUUCCACCGACAGUCCAGGGAGUUCUGUGAGACACUGCGCCGAGUCGGAUGCGAGGCCUCCUUCCAGCAGCUGCCUGGUGUGGAUCACUUUGACAUCAUAGAGAAUCUGACGAGGGAGGAUGACGUGCUCACCCAGAUCAUUUUGAAAACAAUGUUCCAGGCGCUGUGAGCACACCUCCCUGUGUGCACCUCAAAGAGCCUCCAGGGAAGAGGUGAUCUUCUACCCAACACUGGCUUGUCUGUCCACCUGGCACCUUCUCCUUGCUGUGUCAACCUCCAUGUCAUCCUCAUCCCCACCCGGAUGGAGCUCCAGGGAAAGCCCACAGAUUGGGACUGGGAGAUGCACAGAGCCACCACCCGGCCACGUCGGCCCCACGGCCUGGGCAUGACAAUCAGCUGGCUUGCUUUCUGAGCCAGUUAGCAGCAUCAGGGUGGACUGGCUGGGGCCUGGGCUGCAGCUCCUCCUACAAAAGAGGGUGGGUUUGGCAGAAGGAAUGAAGAAAGACAAACAGACCAACCAAGCACGGGGCAGGGAGGGGAGAUGUAGCAUAAUGGUGGAAUGCUUGCAAACAUGCAUAGGAUCCUGGGUUCAAUCCCCGCUAUUAACAAGGAAAAAAAUAAAAGAAAGAGAAAAGGA